UUUGGUUGCCAUAGUAACGAAAAGCCCAACACAAACACCCUUGAUCAGUGAUCACAGAGACCGGAGUGCAUGAAUUACAAAUCGUGAAUUGUUGUCAUGUUAGUUCUAAUUUCAUGACUAUAAAGUGAAUUGAAAAGUGAAAAAAUUGUGCUAUCACAAGGUGGUAAACCACGGAGAACGUAAGAAGAGACUAUUUGUAAAAAGCACAGUGGAAGACGCAGGAGGAAUACCUGAGACAUCAGAAAGAAGAGACAUGAAUUUAAAUGACUUUGUGGUGCUUCCUAACAACAAGGCCAAAUCCAUCAAGCUCAAUGCCAGGAACCUGCAAGAACUGCACUUGGAGACGGUGACUCUGGCCCAGGAGAGCAAAGAGAUGGAGGACAAACUGCAACAGCUAAAAGAGAGCAUGAGUAAAGAGAAGGAGGAAAGAGGGCAUUCUGGAGGGUUUAGAUGGAAGUCUGGACAGUGUGGUUCUUUAAACAGCAUUGCUCUCACAAACGGCGCCAAGAAGAACAAGGAGAACCGAUUCCAAAAGCUGUCAGCAGGAAAGGUGAAAAUCCGAGUGCUGAAGGAUGAGCCACUGUCAGCCCCACCUCAGCCACCGCCUCCACCUCCACCCGAAAGUAAUCUUUGGACAACAAGAAAAAACAGGCUGAAGGGAACAUACUGUGGACAAUGUGAAGUCAAGACUGCAGGACUAAUGUGUGCUGAAUGCACAGAGGACUACUGCGUUGGCUGCUUUACCAAAUUCCACCAGAAGGGAGCACUGAAGCUCCAUAGAAUGAUCCCUAUUCAGAAAGAUUUACAGACCCAUGUGAGCACUCGCGAUGUGGUCAACUGCUUCCAGAAACAGAUUAACCCUAGCUCCCAUCCCAGGACCUUUAUUCAUCCUAAUCCCAGUCCCAACUCUUAUGCAAUUACUAGAAGAGGAGAUCAGAGCUCAGAAAAAGGAACAGAGGCUGUGGCAAAACCUAUGCAAUUGCACCCUAAUUCAAGCCAGGUGUUGGAUGUAUACCGUAGAGACGAGGAAAAGGUGGAAAUGAUUGAAGAGGGUCAGGAUGAGUCUCUUUUUAGAGGAGAGUACAAUGAGGAGGAGUCUGCGAGAUCUUUCCAGGAAGCUGUGAAACAGUGGAGAGGAGAGAAGAGUGAGGAACCCACCAGUGAGGAUGCAAUGUGGACACCCGUCCGACCAGUAUCAGUGUCAGCUAUGGCGACCCAGGCUGACCUCGCUCCAGACAGAGGAGAUGAAGGACGAGGACGAGCAGGGGGAGAAGGGAGGGUACCUGUCAGGGUGGAGUUCACAGAAAACAGCCUUACCUACAUGGAUAGAUUGCUUCUCAAGAAGCACCGCAGAACACCAAUCGAAACGUCUCGUCCAUCGUUGUCCUUCAGUACAGUUUCAAAAUCACUACCUAGCACAAAUACGGGGGAGAACACUGCAAGCAGCCUAACAGCUCAGGAGGAGGAUUUUCGACGCUACUGUGCAUCAUUGUUUGCUGUCCCUGUCAGCAGGGGCAGGACUGAGCCUCAGAUUACUUCACCUGAACUGUGCCUCGUCAUAGAAGUCCUGGAUGAUAGAGACAAAGAUGGGAUUUUUGUUGCUGAACAGAGGACAGACAACAACAGAAAGGUUCCCUCUGUUCAGCAGGUCCUCAGUAAGCCAACACUUGUGCCCCAAGUGGGCUUAAUUAACGGUGGGUCCUCAAGAGUCAGCUACUCUUCUCAGCUCAGUUCAGCACAACCAUCCAGGCAGUCUCGAGCACCAGCACAACCCAAAGCAGCUCACACGCUCCAUCUAUCUGUGCCUCAGACUUCACAAGCAGAAUACUCUAUGAAAUCAUCGUCCACUAAAAGUAAGCCAUCUGCGGGCACCACUGCUGAGAAUUCAAGGACUUCACAAACAUCAAUCAAGACACCAACCUCAAUGUCACAAAAGCCCAAUUACCCUCCCAUUGUCCAUAAAUCAAAGCCCGACUGUGGAUCAAUAACAUUUUUGUCCUCCCCCUCCCUAGCGCAUUCCCAAACCGAGAUCCCUGUCCCGUAUCUACCUGAUAUUUCUCAUUUGGCUAGUACCAGACCUCCGAUUCCAGAAGAGCAUUUCUCCCCUUCUCCAUCCAUAUCCUUCUCCCUUAGGUCUACGUUCACAGUCUCACCAUCAAGCUCCACUGAGUCAACCUUGUUGCCCAAUGUUUUCCAAUCAACCCAAUUACAAAAAGGCUCGGACCCAUCUCUCAUACCAGAACAACCCCAAUCUCCCCAGUUAUUCCAAGAACCAAUCUCAUCACUGAAGCCUUCCCAAUUGCCCCCAAGCAAUCUGGAGUCCCCAAGGCAAUCCAAACAUUCCUGCUGUGACACUGAGUCUGUCCUAUCAAAGAAGAAUAUCCAUCUGCCAAUGUCACCUGUAUCUUUCAGUCCAAACCCACCACCAAAACCAUUGGAACCAAGUCCCCCUGUAAAAACCCUAUCCAGUUUAUCUCUAUUUAACAAGUCCCCUCCAGAUGCUUAUUCUAGUCAGUGGUCAACUCUAAAAACAGAGGCUUCUCCAAUUUGUAUGGCCUCUACCCCCAUCUCUGGACAACAUGAAUCAACUCAGCAUAUGCAGUGUAUCCUAUCACUUCCAUCACAUUUCUUAGAUGACAUCAAGUAUCCCCCUUUAGCUGUGAAAAUGGAAGAGAACGAGGAGCUAUCCACGGACAGUAGUGAUGAAAUGUCCAGUGAUAGCUUGGGUCUGGGUCCACAUGAGGAAGACUCGUCAGAUGAAGAAGCACAGAUGCACGGACGUUUUACGGGAGGAAGAUCCAGUGAAGAGGAGCAAGGGAAUCCUGCCACAUCUCAUACAGAAGAUCCCUUUGUUCCUGCAGAUGCAGACGGAGAAAAGGAUUUGCAGACUGAUGAGCAAGAACAGCUGUCAGAACCAUCCAUGGAGGACACUUGCGCAGGAAGAACAGCUAACCCACCACGCCGUUGUGAGAUGCUUUCACCAGCUCCAGGGGUGAUGAGUUCUGGGUCUAGAUCAGAACAGUUCUGUGACCUGGAUGGGUUCCCCCCUCUGGGUUUGGAGAUAAAUUCUGGUCACUCCGAAACACCAAAGCACACACACUGUGACCCGCUGCACAACUGCCUAACUCCACAGCAGGAUUCAGACCCAACAGGAUCAGAGGACUAUGAGCCAGGCAGCACCCUUACUACCGACACUGAGGAACACCAGGUUUUUAGAGUGAUGGACAACCACCUGCUGCUAACUGGAAGUCAAUUUCACUCAACCAGACCCUCCAAGAGGGGAGAAAUAUCAGUAAAUAAACUAGGAACAUCUGGGUCAGAGUCUAGCCUGUCUGGCAAGUCCACACCAACUGUGUCUCACCGUCCAAAGACAAACCCAAGCCGUCUCUCUUCACCUAUCUCUCCCUCCCUCUCUCAUUUCCCCUCUCCUCCCCUCUCCGCCUCCCUGUCCCGUCCUACAUUGGGCUCCAAAUUUGGUCCAGAGUUUCGUUCCUUUUCCCGGGCAGCCCAGGAGAUCAUGGAGAUUUGCAGUGUGGACCAGACCGGCUGUGAGGACCCUGACUUGGACAUUGACACGACUGCACACACACUCAACAGUCUGGAGGAGGAACUAAUGGUUCUCAUGGCCAAUGAAACAGGGACGCAGGCUUCAGUAUUUGGUACAGGAAACAGUGGAACUCAAGAUCAGCAUGGACGUCAUCGUUUCACACAGGGAAGAACCAGCGAGGGACAAAAGGAUGAGGAGGAGGCGGCGGCUGCACAGAGAGACCGGCAGAGUGUCCACUCUCUACCCUGAGAUAGUCACACACACGCACAUUAACACACAUCUGCUUGUUAAAUAAGAAAAAGGCAGACACAUAGAGAUACAAGUGACAAAGUGAGCAAAAACACACAAAGGAUUACAAUGGAUGUUAUUUAAAUUGUGUUGACAUGGUGCAGCGGCUCCCGCAGAUACCCCGAAUAUUAAAACCAACGGGAAACCUUGUUGUGCAAAUAGAUGAAAAGAAAAAUGUAAUGCUUUAAAAA